AUGACCCUGACUGGCCCUUCUCAGGAUGUGGGUGCACCCAUUCCGAACAAUACCGAGCAUGCCAUUUCCGUGACUUUACCCACAUGGGAAGCCACCGUAGGUUACGAGGAAGGACAAGAAUGGGUCGUGAGCCAGAUGAAAUCGGGCUACCCAAGGUUUUUUAUCCACCAAGUGAUUCAGGAGUUGAGUAAGAGCAUUGAGGCCAAGUAUGCAAGAAAUGUGGAGCGGUGUAUGGUUUUCCCGUCUUACAACAUUGCGAAAAGGUGCCGAGAGUUUAUCAAGCAAAAGUCAGAUAACCCACUGGCUAUACGUCGUGUUUUACAAUUGAGCACCCCGCCUCCAGCAACAGAAGAAGAAAAACUGCGCAAGAUUGAAUCCACCAUAGGCAUCGUGUUCUUUCCACCGGAGGAAUUUCCCCUCGCAAAGCAGUACUGGCAACACAGUGGUGAAGGCAUUUCUUCUAGAAUGGCUGAAUAUGUUUUGAAAGAGUUGUUUGAAAACGCCAAAAAGGACCCGUUGAGACUAAAAGGUAGGAGCAAGCAAGAGUUACAGGCGGAACAAAUUAAGCGCAAGUCGCCUUCUAUUACUGCGUCUAUGCGGUCUAACUCACAACUGCAAAAUGAAGAAGUUGAGACAGAGUUCAACAAUUUCAUUGAACAAAAGUACGGCCGUGUUUUGGACUUGAUGUUUGCCGAGCAAGCCAAACUUGCCUUACGUCGGCGUAUCAGUGGCCAGGCAGAGAAAUCUGAGGCGCAGGUAUCUGCGAACUUGGGCAAACGUGGUUCUCAUAUUAGCGAGUCAGAGGUGUACUUGUAUCCUACCGGUAUGGCAGCGAUUUUCAAUGCACACCAGGCAUUGUUAGGCACCUAUGACCCUCCAAAGAAAUCUGUCUGUUUUGGUUUUCCUUACGUUGACACAUUGAACAUUCUCCGCAAGUUCGGGCCAGGUUGCUUCUUCCUUGGUUUCGGUGACGAUGCUUCCCUUGACGAUAUGGAACGGCAGUUGGAGUCGGGUGAAAUGGAUAUUAUGGGAUUGUUUUGCGAGUGUCCGUCAAACCCGCUCUUGAAAACCCCUAACUUGAAAAGAAUCCGGGAGUUGGCCGACAAGUUCAAUUUUGCAGUCGUAGUGGACGAGACAGUGGGAAACUUGUUGAACAUUUCAGUUUUACCUUAUGCUGAUAUGGUUGUAUCGUCUUUAACCAAAGUAUUCUCUGGUGAUUCGAACGUGAUGGGCGGCUCUUUGAUAUUGAAUCCUGCGUCGUCUAAAUAUGCACAGUUGAAGGAAUACUUCAACCAGAACUACGAGGACACUUAUUGGGCUGAAGAUGCGUUGUAUCUCGAGAGAAACUCGAGAGAUUUUGAAAGCAGAUCCAAGAAGAUCAAUCGGAAUGCUGCUGAAGUGGUGGCCUUGUUGGAGCAAUCACCAUUGAUUGACCAGGUUUUCUACCCCAGCAUUUCCGACACCAAAAAAUACUACGACGAGUUGAAGGCUCCUGAAGGCGGAUACGGCGGGUUGAUUUCGUUUGUGUUUCGCAACCCAGAGCACGCAGUGACGUUUUUCAAUUCUAUUCAGUUGCACAAGGGCCCCUCUUUGGGCACAAAUUUCACAUUGGCUUGUCCUUAUGCGAUUUUGGCGCAUUACCAAGAAUUGGAUGAGGUAGCCAAAUGGGGAGUAGACAAAAAUUUGAUCCGGAUCAGUGUCGGGCUUGAGAACGAAAGCGAAUUGCUUGGUAUCUUGCGCAAGAGUCUUGAUCUUUGUACUAGCAAAUAG